AUGGCCGGGAAAGCGGAGAUCACCGGGAACGGGCCGACCCCCACCUCGGACGAUAUCGAAAAGAUCCCCACCCGAGUCGACAACACGGAGCAGAUCGGAAGUCAGGUUUCUCAUGAGAAACUUGAAGAGUUAGCACCCAACGGAGAACAUGAAUACAUCCUGGAAAAAAUCAAUGGUAUGACAGAAGAGGAGGCCCUCGAGAUAAUCGAGGAGGGGGUGGAAUUCUUCAAGGAUGACUGGAACUUUCCUUCCGAUAUGAGGGAACGCAUGAAAAAGCUGCUUGAGGGGCCAAAGUCGUACGGAGAACACUACGACCGCGAUUUGAGGAUUGAUGCCGUUAUGAUCCGGUAUUCUUCUCCAUACCCAGGUGUUAGAGCCGUUGCCGAGAUCAUCGAUGACCAGAGUGUCCCAAUUGAGACGAUCCGGGCAUAUUUUCUGGGCAUCGGAUGGGCUGUUAUUGGCACAUUCAUUUCCACGUUUUUCAAUUCAAGAUUCCCCGCUAUUUCUCUGAGCGGCAAGGUUAUCCAAAUUUUGUUGUUUCCAUGCGCAAAAGUCCUUGAAUAUACUCUACCGGACUGGGGUAUCACAGUAUUUGGCACUCGCCAUUCGUUGAACCCGGGACCAUGGACCUUCAAAGAGCAAAUGUUUGCGACAAUCACCUACAACAUUGCCAUCUACACAACCAACAGUUACGGAAUGAUCCUUGUCCAGAAGUCGCCAGUCUACUAUGGUCUUACGUUCGUCAACUUCGGUUACCAGAUCAUGCUGACACUCUUCGUGCAACUCAUGGGCAUGGGUUUUGCUGGGUAUCUCCGACGCUUCAGUGUAUACCCUGUCAAGGCGCUUUGGCCAACGAUCCUGCCGACUAUUGCCAUGAACCGAGCGUUGACACGACCUGAACCAAAGGAGAACAUCAACGGUUGGACUAUCUCUCGGUACAAGUUCUUCUACAUCUGCACCGGGUGCAUGUUUAUCUACUACUGGCUGCCUGGUUAUCUUUCCACCGCGUUAGCAACCUUCAACUGGAUGACUUGGAUUUCGCCACAGAAUGUAACACUUGCCAUCAUUACCGGUUCUUCCCUCGGUCUAGGGCUGUUCAAUCCCAUCACGACGUUUGACUGGAACAUCGCCACCUCGUCAUAUGAUGCCUUGGCCCAGCCGUUCUUCGCAACUUGUACCAUGUACUGUGGUGCAAUACUCGGCGGUGCCAUCAUACUUGGAAUCUAUUACACCAACAUGUACAACACAGCCUAUCUACCAAUCAACUCUUCUGCUCCUUUUGCCAACAACGGCACGCCUUACGUAGUACAGAACGUCGUGAUCAACAACAAGUUCAACGAAACACUCUACCAAGAAUACUCACCGCCAUUCUACUCAGCUGGUUAUCUCAUCACAGUUGGGGGCAACUACUGUUUUUACCCCAUCUACUUUCUCUACAUUAUGGGUAAUCAAUGGAAGACGAUCUUAGCGGCGUACGUUGACUUUUACAAAGGCCUGCGCUACAAGAAGGGCAAUUAUGAAGGCGCGAUGGAUAUCCACAGCCGUCUUAUGUCCAAGUAUAAGGAGGUGCCUGACUGGUGGUUCUUGCUGAUUCUAGUUGCUGCGAUUGUUGUCUCUUGCAUCUUCCUCAGCAUCUACCCACUGGACACACCUGUCUGGAUAGUCUUUCUAAUGAUCGCUAUCAACCUAAUUUUUGCAGUUCCUCUGUCGUUCCUUUCGGCGACGACGGGAACAAACCUAGGUCUUGGUGCAUUGAUCCAGGUAAUCACUGGCUACAUGCUUCCCGGCAACACUAAUGCCUUUCUUUUCUCCCAAACUCUUGGAUCAUGGGCCCUCGCAGGGUACGGAGACAACUACGUCCAGGAUCAGAAGAUGGCUCAUUAUACGAAGAUUGCACCACGUGCCGUUUUCCGGAGUCAAAUUGGCACGAUCAUCAUCACUUGCUUCGUCGCGGUGGCCACGCAAAACUUCAUACUAGAAAACGUCAAGGGCCUAUGCACGCCUAACCAGCCAAGUCGUUUUACGUGUGCAAAUGACGGCAACCCGUUAUACACGAACUCCUUGAUGUGGGGCUUGCUUGGUUCGGAGCGAAUGUUUGUCGCGUUCUACCCGAUUCUGAAGUGGUGUUUUCUCAUCGGCACACUCAUUGCCAUCGUUUUCUUGGUCGGACAGGGGUACGGGCCAGUCUAUCUGCCCCGUGUACGAGAGAAGCUGAGGCUGAAGUUGCAACCGCGAACAUUUGCUUUCCUCGAUCGGACCUUGUUUCCAUUCGUCGCCUCUCUCCUCUGGCUUAACCCAGUUCUCGUCAUCCAAGGCAUUCAACACUGGGCGCCCUCCAAUCUUUCGUACAAAACACCCGGCAUGAUCCUUAGUUUCAUCUUCAUGUACUGGCUUCCAAGACACCGCUUGGCGUGGUGGGAAAAGUAUAACUAUGUGUUAUCGGCUGCUUUCACUGCCGGUGUAGCCGUCUCGGCGCUCAUCAUGUUCUUCGCUGUGGGUUAUAACCCAAUAGCCCUGAAGUGGUGGGGAAAUACUGUUAGUCAUGCCGGUGUCGAUGGCAGCCAAAUAGGAAUCCUUCCUAUUCCAGAAAGAGGAUACUUUGGGCCCGAAAAAGGGUCGUUUUAG